UUUCCACAGGUCAACAACAGUCCAUUUAAAACCAAUGGAGCGUGUAUGACACAUCAAUACGAUGUAGCAGUUGGAGACAGUAAAAACGAGUUUACUUUUCACACAGAGCUGAUAAAAGUGAGACACAUUCAAAGAGUUGCACCUUUAGAUGGGUGUGGAGACACUCAGGAUCUGCCUACAAAAGCACCGCGGCUUCUUACCUACUUGUAUACAGUUGCAUGAGUAAACCAACGCCACGAUGCUGACUUCUAUCCAGCUGAUGAUUUUGCUUUUUUGGACGAGCAUUAGCUCAGCUGAUGCAGAGAAACUUUUCCAUAAUCGGGAUCAUUCUGAUGUGCAGACCCCUGAUUCUCACCAAGCUGAGGUUAUAACAGACAAGUACACAGCAGAGUUAUUUCUCUCUAGAUACGGAUUCAUUAAGCCAGUGAACUGGGACGAGAUCCAGUUUGAAGAUUCAGACACCCCUUUUACUGAUGACUUCCUGGAUGGCCUUGAAGACACGAUCCAGGAAGGAACCUCGGUGCAUCACUCAAGGGAUGCUGGUGAUCAAGGUGAUCGCAACAGUCUAACUGAGAGCGAAGCGUUUAUUUCAGCACUUAAAGAGUUUCAGAGGGUAUCGGGCCUGCCUGCCACAGGGGUGUUUGACGAGGCCACUAAACAGGCAAUGAACAAACCAAGGUGUGGAGUCCCCGACAAGGAGAUUGACCUGGGCAACCCUGUAGAACCUGAGAACAACGCUGCCUCAGAUACUGAAAACAGUUCCAGUGACACUUUUAAUGAGACUGAAAGUAAUAACACAGCCAGUAAUAUAACCAGUGAUACUUCUUUUGGUAGUCUUAACUCCUUUGAAGAUGACUUAUUCAAUGGAAAUGACACAGAAAGUAUUCUUACAGGCAUUUCUAAUGACACUAGCAUGAAUUACACAGACUUCUAUGAUCCCAUUUUAAAUAAUACUUAUUCAAAUAGCUCACAUUACAUCACCAUGGAUGGUCAAGUGGUAAAUAUCAGCGUGAGCACCCAUCAGAGCGAAGCAGUGCGACGCAGGAAACGUCACCUCGCCGCACUUGUGUCCAAAAGCAGACGCAAGAGAGAUUUGAGUGAAACGGGCUACAUGGCCUUCUCUAAGAAGAUGUUAAAAUGGAGGCUGAUAGGAGAAGGUUACAGCAGCCAGCUGUCCAUAGAAGACCAGAGGUACAUCUUCAGACUGGCCUUCAGGAUGUGGAGCGAGGUGUCUCCGCUGGAGUUUGUGGAGGAUACACGUUCCCCGCUGGAGGAUGUUGAUAUCAGGCUGGGCUUUGGCACAGGAAGGCAUCUGGGCUGCAAUCAGAGGUUUGAUGGCACUGGUCAAGAAUUCGCCCACGCCUGGUUCCUGGGUGAUAUACACUUUGAUGACGAUGAACAUUUCACUGCUCCCAAUGCUGGCAGUGGGAUCAGCCUUCUCAAAGUAGCAGUUCAUGAGAUCGGCCACGUUUUGGGUCUACCCCACAUCUACAGAGCUGGCUCUAUAAUGCAGCCGAGCUAUCUGCCCCAGGAGACAGGCUUUGAGAUGGACUGGAUGGACAGGAAGGCCAUACAGCACCUCUAUGGGGCCUGUAAGGGUCGAUUCAACACAGCAUUUGAUUGGAUCAGGAAGGAGAGGACGCCCUACGGGGAGGUUGUCAUCCGCUUUAACACCUAUUUCAUGAGAGACGGAUGGUACUGGCUAUAUGAGAACAGACACAACCGGACACGCUUUGGGGAUCCAGUUGCACUGCAGGCUGGCUGGCGUGGGAUUCCCAUGGAUGGAGUGGAUGCCUAUGUGCAUGUGUGGUCCAGAAAAAGAGAUGCUGUGUACUUCUUUAAAGGUACUCAGUUCUGGAGGUAUGACACUGAGAAUGACCAGGCAUAUAGACAGGACCCUGAAGGUCACCACUAUCCAAGGUUAAUCUCUGAAGGUUUCCCAGGAGUGUUCAGUCCCAUUGACACAGCCUUUUAUGACAGGAGGGACUCUCGCAUCUACUUCUUCAGAGGCACUCUUGUGUAUGCAUUCGACGUGGAAGCCAACAGCUUGGCAAGAGGCUUCCCCAAAAACAUCAGAGAUGUUUUCCCUCCAGUGGUGAGCGGGGACCAUCCAGAUGGCAACAUCGACGCUGCCUACUUCUCCUACACCCACAGUGCCAUCUUUCUACUCAAGGGCACACACUUCUGGCAGGUGGUGGGCAGCCGCGAACGCUGGCGCCGGCCCUUUCUGCCGCAAAAUGGCCUGCUGCCACACAAGGAGGUGGAUCAACACUGGUUUGACAUCUGCAACGUUCAUCCCACUGCACUCAAACUAACUCGCUGAGUUUGCUGAAGCAGGGACUCAUUAAACCGUACUGAUGUGUACUGAUGGGGUCUACUGAUUCACCUGUUAUAUGUUUACGUGUUGUCAUAUGUGUGUAGCAUCCAUUGUCUAACUUUUUUAAUGUUUAUAAUUUAAGAUCUUAAAGACAAAAACAACUGAAUAUUUUUGUUGGCUUACUUUUUAAUGAGGUGUGUUAUUAAUAUAUCAGCUGCUCUGUCUGUCUCUCACUUAGAGGUGCCAAAUGCAUACUGGCAUGAAAACAAUCCCAAAGGACCCUCUAUGAUUAAGAUAUUUAGAGAGUCAGGGAGAAUAUACUUAUUUAUAGAUAGUUCACUCAUGCUUUAUACAGACACCUCAUUUUACUUACACUGUGGAGAAAAUGCUAUCAAAUGGCACACUUACAAAGAAAAGGGGAUGUUUAUGCAAAAACAGGAAAUAAUUUCAGACCUCUCAAUCUCCCAGUUGCCAGAAGAAAAUGUUGGCAUUGUAUGUUUCUGGAAAUCACAAAUGUGUUUCAUUGGCAUGCCCCAUACAUAUUAUAUCUAAAAUGUUUCUAAAAUGAUGUAUAUAAAAGCUGACUUUGUCAUCAAGAGGUGGAAGGGAUGGUGGAUGGUGUGUCACCGAAGUCAGAUGCCUGCCAAGCUGAAGACCACUGCAGGCCACCAUUCGAGACCAACAAACAACAAAACCAGUAGUUUUUAGCGAGUCAUUGCUGUGUUUCCAGAAGUUUUCAGCCCCCAAAUGUGGUUGUUUUUAGUAUCUAGUGUUUCCAGCUGCUUUUUAGGCACCAAGUGUGGGUGUUUUUAAGAGACCUGUGAGUAUGUUUCAGUGGAUUUUGAGACACAAAUGUAGGUGUUUUUUAGAGACCUGUGAGUGUGUUUCCAGCUGCUAUUUAUGCACAAAUGUGGGUGUUUUUUAGAGACCUGUGAGUGCAUUUCCAGAGGUUUUUUAGGCAUCAAAUGUGGGUGUGUAUUAGAGAUCUGUGACUGUGUUUCCAGGGGGCUUUUUAAGCACCAAACAUGGGUGUUUAGGAGACCUGUGGCUGUGUUUCCAGCAGCUUUUAAGGCAGCAAAUGUGGGUGCUUUUUAGACACCCGUGAGUGUGUUUCCAGCUGCUUUUUAGGCACUAAAUCUGAGUAUUUGUUAGAGACCUGUGAGUGUGUUUCCAGGGGCUUUUUUGGCACCAAAUGUGGGUGUGUUUUAGAGACGUGAGUGUUUCCAGCAGCUUUUUAGACACCAAAUUUGGGUGUUUUUUUUUUAGAGACCUUUGAGUGUGUUUCCAGGGGCUUUUUAGGCACCAAAUGUGGGCGUUUUUCCUGCAUCUUUAAGCCCCCAAACGGGUGAAUUUUUAGUGAUCUGUGGCUUUUUUUGGAUCGUCUUUUUAGGCAACGAACAUGGGUGUCUUUCAGCAACCUGUCCCUGUUUUUCCAGCGGAUAUAGUACCAAAGAUAGUAGUUGUUUUUUUACUAAGAUAUUACUGCAUUUCCUGCCAGCAUAUUGGCCACACGAAAAGUCAUCACAAGACAUCACAAUGUUUCCACUGUGGUUGUGCUCCUAAUACCUGUUUUUUUUUUAAGCCAAAACAUGAUAUUUUCAGAACAAUAACCAUUUUUUUUGUGCCUAAACCUAACUACGUGUUAACCACAGUGUUAUUGAUACAUAAAGUUUUAAUUUAUCUGCUACACAAUAACAUGCCAAUGUUAGAUAUCGGUGAUUUGCAGAAAUGCACAAUGCCAACAUUUUUUCUUGUGAUUGGGUUAACACAAUAUAUAUAUAUAUAUAUAUAUAUAUUGAGAGCUACGGAGUGACAUCUUAUGUACGAUAUAUUGGACCUAUAUUAGUUCAAGAAAGAUGCAUAAAAGUAUCUGUACUACGAUGCGUGUAUAAAAAUGGAGAUUUAUUCAUAAUACUGAGAGUGGUUUCUGGGUAAACUCACAGAUUGAAAUGUGUGUUUAAAAAAAAUGUUAUAUUGAUUUGAAAUGUAUAUCAUCAUCAUAACCAUCAUCAUCAUCAUCAUCAUCAUCAUCAUUAUCAUCACCAUAAUUAUCAUCAUUAACAUUCAUCCAGAUUCCUCUGAGUGUUUCUUGUUUGCGCUUUGUUGCUGGGAGGGAUACAAAAUUACAACCAGAUCCAGUUGUUGCCCUGUGAUGAUGGAUGUGUAGAUUCACUUGGUCCCAUGGCCUCUUGUUAGCUUGACUGUCUGACAGCACAUCUGCACUGGAUGUAUGAAAUCACACUUCCCUCUAAAUCGCUUGCAGAAACUCUAAUCUAUAGCUGCCUGCAGGCAGGAAAGAAUAUCAUGUCAAGUCAAGUCAAGUCAGUUUCAGCCCAAUAUAAGAAAUCACAAGUUUGCCUCAAGGGGCUGGAAACCAUGAUUUUCCUUCUGCAAAAAUCCCUUCAAUGCUCUGUGGUGAUUCAUCCCAUGCAGUGCUUGUGGGCUGACCUGCAAGAAAACAACAUACGCUUUAUCAAUAAAAACCUGGAGGU